AUGCAGUCGACCUCCGGAGUAUUAGACCUGGUUUAUGGAUGCAACAAAUCGAUUUUCAGUUUGCCUCGUGGUAGCGACCUUGCCAAUUGUCUUCGCGUCAUUAAUGAAUGCAACGGCGCAUUCCGCCGUCUGUACGCCCCUCCCGCCCAGGCCGCAACCUUGAACAACUCAGCCAAGAGAGAGCAGAAAAGAAAAUGGAAGAAGGCUAGGAUACGUAACAGAGCGACAUUCGUUCUUGAUGGCGUGUUCAGGCACUUUAGAUGUGACACCCAGCAUGAGGUGUUACUAAAGCUUUUUGAAGACCCCGACGAGAACUUGGAGUUGCCGAGUUUAGAGCUCGUGUUAUCGAGAUGUCCAGAUUCAAGGUUAUUACAGGAAGUGCGCUGUGGCUCCGUCAUCCUAAAGGAAAUGUCAAUCCAAUCAAUCCCCAAUAUCUGCACCGGCCUCCAGGAACAGAUUGGCCGAGGAAAAGAGUUAUUUCUAUGCAUUGAGGAGUACGGGCUUUUCGGUGCCUGGGCAGAUUCCACUUCCGCAACGGAUCCGUCCUCUAAAGAGUCCCUGAAUCAACUAAUAGUCGAUGGAGCUUUCGAGCCCCGUUCGCGAAACAUCAAUGCAGUGAUGGUUGGAUCCUCGCAAACAAAAUUCAGCACCAGAGAGAAACGAGCACUUGCCGUCAAACUCGGUUUUUGCCUCAUGGACUUCUUCGAUGCCGACUUUAACUCCAAGAAGAUCUACUUCUUAGAUUCGGCAAAUCAGGCAGAGAAGAGAGAAAUCCCCUAUCUGGCGUUCCGUUCACAGCUUCCGGCCCCAAGUGAAUCGUACAAUUUUAAAAUGGGCCAUCCACAUCCCGCGUUACUUUCUUUCGCCAAAUUGCUCAUUGAGAUGGACUGCGGUCAGAUAAUAAAACUUGAUAUAGACCGAGAUUAUACGCGGAAUCGAGACGCGUGGCUAAAGCUCCUAGAUCUCGUGGAUGAAAUUCAAGGAGAUGUAGGCGAAUCAUAUCUCCAAGCGAUCAGAGGCUGUCUUCUUGCUCAUCAGAAGAUCGCCGAGGCGUUGGGCUCUCGUGAGCGUGGACGCAAGGACGCAGACUCGAAAAUCCGGAAGAAGAUUUACAAGGAAAUUGUUCAAAAGCUGGAACAGGGGCUUUCUGAGGCCACGCCUAGGUCGGAUCUCAAACGACGGCGAUCAGAGUCACCUCCACCGGCCGAAAGUCAGGAUCACCGUCAACUGCCCAGCUCUUGGACUGGGAGCCGAAGGAGGGCGAAACGGGUAUUCUCGAAAGCCUCCAUUUGCAAGAGAGAGCGCACGGACGAGAUGCAUGGAUCGCCGUUCUCCGGGGUGUCUACACUUGCGAUGAGAGGAGUCACCGAAUCGUUUACCCACGGCAUCAAGAUCCAGGCAUCGGACCAGAUGAUUGUGCCCACUAUUACUUGCCGUCCAACCCGUCGGAAGGAUUUUGAGAUUGCAGUCGUUUGUGCCCUGCCGAUUGAAUUCAAUGCCGUUUCGCUUCUGGUGGAUCAAUUCUGGGAUGAAGAAGGCGACGUGUACGGAAGGGCGGUUGGGGACGAGAACACAUACACGACUGGGCGCAUUGGGAAAUUCAACGUCGUAUUGGCUCUGCUUCCGAACAUGGGAAAGAUUAGCGCUGCGGGCUCAGCUGCAAGCCUUCGAGGGAGCUUUCCAGGGCUGAGACUCGUGAUGCUGACCGGGAUCUGUGGUGGGGUUCCCAGACCAGGGACUGACGAAGAGUUACUCCUCGGUGAUGUUGUAAUAAGCAAGACUGUUUUGCAAUACGACCAUGGCAGGCUCUAUCCUGAUCGCUUUGCGAUGAAAGAUACCCUCGAAGACGCAGUUGGAAGACCAACCAGGAAUAUUCGGAAUCUGGUGAGUCUGUUAGAAACCGACCUGAUACGCGAACGAAUCGAGCAACGCGCAGCUUUCUUCCUUGAAGAGCUUCAGGGAAACUCACGAGGCGGACGUCGCCGCCGAGCGAAUUAUGAGUAUCCUGGAGCCGACAAUGAUAAUCUCUUCGAGGCAAGCUUCAGGCAUAAACAUUACUCUACGAAAGAAGAAUGUGUCUGCGCUGCUUGCUUCAAAGCCUCGGACCCUGUUUGCGAUGAAUCCAGUAAGAUGACGUGCAGUCAUCUUGGCUGUCACGCCGACCGCAUCGUGCCAAGGCAACGAAUCACAGAGAAGCGGCAACUGGAGAGCGAUGGGCGCACCAAAGAGGCACAGGCCCCUCUCAUAUUCGUGGGCCGCGUCGGAUCGGGCGAUAUGGUGAUCAAAUCGGGAGAAGUACGUGAUAAAAUCGCCGAGGAACAUGGAAUCCUGGCAUUUGAGAUGGAGGGUGCCGGUGUCCUCGAUGAGAUUCCCUGCAUUGUCGCCAAGGGUGUCUGUGACUAUGCCGACAGUCACAAGAACAAGAGCUGGCAGGCCUUUGCGGCUGCGACGGCUGCGUCUGUCACAAAGGCGUUGCUGGAGCGAUAUACUCAGACAGACAACCCACACGAAGCUGCGUCAAAUGCCGUCCAGCCACCUUUCGUUCCCAGAGAUAGAUACUAA